AUGCCUGACUAUCCGCCACAUUUGCUCGUGGAUGGUGCAGGCUGCAACGAUGUCAAUGGCGUCUUUGCCCUGCAAGAGGGCCUCCUUCACGAGCAGUGUCCAGUGUAUGCUGGACUCAGUGACUUCAGCAUAACUGUAUGCCAGGGGCCGUCGGCCGACGAUGGCAGUCUGCAGUGGGGGUGGAUCAUUGGGCAAGCAGGUGUACCAGCUUAUGGCUGCCCAACAGACAAGAAGGAGGUGAUCCCACUGCAAGGAUGGCAAGCCUUUGAGGCUGACUCGCCGGCACCCAAUUUGCGAGGGCUGUGGGACAAGGAUGAAGAAGCAGCAGCUUUUGCGGAUGAAGCCUUUCGCAGAGCAGCUUCAGACACAAUUGGGAACCAGAAGAUUGCCGUCAAGGCCUUUCGCAAAGCUCUCCAGGGUGGUGCAAAGCUGCAGGCAAACUGGACGAAGCGAGCCCAACUUCACACUGCGUUGGCUUCUUUACUCCGCAUCCUGGGGAAAGAGGACCAAGCUCAAACAGAGGUCGAUCAAGCACUUCAGCUGUGCCCCUUGCCGGGGGCUUUACUUCUGAAGGCGCAGAUAUUCAACGCGGCGGGCAAAGAACCUGGUUGGAAUUCUAGUUUUGGGCGUGAAAUCAGAAGGCAGCAUAGGGGCUGCAAUAUCCGCAAUCGCAUUAUUCGGCCAGCUGAGAAUUGA